AUGCGGAGCGGAAGCCUGAGCUACGAGCAGUUCUGCACCGAGGCGGAGUUGCUGCAGGAGCGCUCGCAUGAGGUGGCGAGUGCGCAGACGGUGGGGAGUGGAAGGAGUGUGGCUACGUGGGAGUGGAGACUUGGGAAUCGACAGCACUUGGACGGAGACUCGUACCUCGUGUCAACCGGAAAUGUUGAAAGCUUGAUCGAAGAUGACGAAGUCCAGACUCCGUUGCAGUGCAAGGGCGCCAAAACCGCUCUGGUCGAGUUCCACAUCGUCUACCACACGAUCUACCAGACACCUGUGCUCUACUUCCGAGCACUAGCAGUUGAUGGAACACCGCUGCCAGCAAGUGUCGUGACGCGUGACGUCCAUUUUCCGGGGUCUGACGGCCGCUCGACGUUCGUCGCCAUGGAAGAGCACCCGGUUUUAGGCAAGCCGUAUUCCUUCCUGCAUCCGUGCGAGACGGCUGCAGCCAUGCAGCUGCUCCAAGCUCAAGUCCAGCCAAGCGCCACGGAUACCAAGACGCCAUGCGAUGUUGAAGUGCCUCAGUAUCUCGCGAGUUGGCUCAGCUUGGUGCAGCCGCUGACAGGCAUCUCGCCGGUCGAUUACUAUUCCGUAGGAUUGGAUUUCGACUAA